GUCUUAUAACCAAAGAUUGUGGUGUGUCUUUAUCAAUAGUGUCUUACCUCUACCAAUUAGUUAAAACAAGAACCUGCAUUGUUUUGAGAGCCUUGGGAGCCUACAUAACUAACAACUCAUCGGGAGGUAUCCCUCACCUGGUACUGUGAUUUUCAUUUCAAAGUUCACGGGGGAGCAGCAUGAACUGCCCUUAAAAGGUAUUUCAGCUCAAACAUUUUAAAAUAUGUAUUUUGACAUGAUUGUCCCUUGAAAGAUUAUGUUUAAUAAAUUGAAUAAUUUUGUGUGUAUUGAGGUAACUGGAGGCAAAUUCACAGAGACAGAAUGAAAGCAGAGAACUGUAGAGGACAGUGGAGAGUUAUUGUAUAAUCAGCUUAGAUUUAGAUUUUUGGGAGAAGGACAGGAUAGACAGAGGUACAGUUAUAAAGUGAGAAUGUAGUUAAUGCCCUAUUCCAACAAAAGCUUUAAGUAGUCAACUGUUACUCUUUGAUUAGAACAGUCAUGGAAGUGAGCUGCUGAGUGUAGACUCAGGGAAAAAAAAUAGUUGGAUUUGAGGUAACAAGGGUUGGUGAGGGUGGUAGUCUAGCAUAUUGCCCAGUAGGAGCAUCAGGUCCUAAUAUCUGUCUGUCCUCAGGGGUAGCAGUCCCAAUGCACUAAAUACAUGGAAGAAGGAAAUCAGACUGGGAUGGUCCUCUUCCACUUCCGCCCCUUCUCCAGACUCCCCGAGGUGCAGAUGCUGAUCUUUGUGGUCUUCCUCAUGAUGUACCUGGUCAGCAUCGGAGGAAACAUGUCCAUCGUCCUCACCACCUGGACCAAUCGGUGUCUCCACACCCCUAUGUACUUCUUCCUGGCGAACCUGGCUAGCCUGGAGAUCUUCUAUUCUUCUACCAUAGCUCCGCUGACUCUGGCCAGCGUCCUGUCUGCAGAGAGAACUGUGGUCUCCCUGGCAGGCUGUGGUGCCCAGAUGUUCUUCUUCAUCUUCCUGGGCAGUGCUGACUGCAUCCUGCUGGCUGUCAUGGCCUAUGACCGGUUUGUGGCCAUCUGUCACCCUCUGCGCUACACCCUCAUCAUGAGCUGGCACCUGUGUGUCCAGCUGGCCCUGGGGUCCCUGUUGCUGGGGUUCAUCUUGGCCAUGCAGUUGACCGUGCUCAUCUUCCGGCUGCCUUUCUGCAGCAGUAAGGAAAUCAGCCUGUUCUACUGUGAUGUCCUCCCUGUCAUGAGACUGGCCUGUGCAGACACCCAUGUCCACGAGGCCACCCUGUUUGUGGUCAGUGUCAUCGUCCUGACCAUCCCUUUCCUCCUCAUCACUCUGUCCUAUGUCUUCAUUGUAGAUGCCAUCCUGAAGAUCCGUUCCGCUGAGGGGAGGCGCAAAGCCUUCUCUACCUGUUCCUCCCACCUGACUGUGGUCCUCCUGCAGUACGGAUGUACAAGUCUCAUCUACUUGUGUCCCAGCUCCAGUUACUCUCCUGAGCGGGGCCAGGUAGUAUCUGUGGUUUACACAUUCAUCACCCCUGUGCUGAAUCCUUUGAUCUACAGCAUGAGGAACAGAGAACUCAAGGAUGCUUUGAAGAAGGCAGUCAUGAGGUUCCUCCUGCUUGACAAACAAUGAGGACUCUGAGUGAUCAUCUCCAAGGCUGGUAGUAGAGAUGCUGAGUCGCCUGUUGAUAAGAUGAGGGGGUGGCUUUGCCAGCUAGUUUGAUACAGUUAGAUUUCCCAGUCAUGUGACCAUUCCACAGUCAUGUUUCUUUUCUCAGCUUUGGGUUAGUCAUUCUCCAACACAGGAAUGAAGAAUACCUGCAGAAUCCAAUGUUGAGGGCUCUGAAGAUUAGCAGAUAUUAGUGAAAAGAACUGUCACUUUUAAAACUGAAACAUAGCAAGCAGUGAGCAUAGUUGUCCUUUCCCCGACAUCUUAUGUAAUGUCUGUUCACCUUGGAUUUUUCUCCAGAUACAGGUCUUUGGUUGAUGGCAGUCCUCAACGCUGAACAUAGGAAAGACAAAAACUAGCAGCAAGACAAGCAUUAGGCCUGGAGCAUUCUGCUCUGACCUCUUUUAUUUCCAUUG